AUGCUACAGCAGGAUCCACUAGUAGACAAUAAGCAUUUCGUGGUAUCGCUGUCCCUGGGCAAUACGCUCAUCAAUCUCAACAAAAUUAAGUGUCCACAAUGCCGGAAGCGCUUUGAUACAAUGGAAGAGAUGGAACAGCACCGGACCAAGCAUUUGACGGAGAACAAGUUUAAGUGCGAGAUUUGUAGUAAAGAAUUUCCCAGCCAUAGUUCCAUGUGGAAGCACACCAAGGCACAUACCGGUGAACGACUCAAACCAUUCAAGUGUCCGAUUUGUGAAAAAUGUUUCACCCAGCAAGCCAACAUGCUAAAACAUCAGUUGCUUCAUACCGGUCUUAAACCCUACAAAUGUCCUGUUUGCGAGAAGGCUUUCACUCAACAGGCUAACAUGGUGAAACAUCAAAUGUUGCACACCGGUAUUAAACCGUACAAGUGUCCCACCUGUGACAAAGCAUUUGCCCAGCAAGCAAACAUGAUGAAACAUCAAAUGUUGCAUACGGGCCUAAAACCGUACAAGUGUGGUACAUGCGACAAAGCGUUUGCCCAGCAGGCCAAUAUGGUCAAACAUCAGAUGCUCCAUACCGGGGAAAAACCAUUCAAAUGCAAAAGCUGUGAUAAGGCUUUCUCACAAAAUGCCAAUCUGAAAAAGCACGAAAUGGUACAUCUCGGCAUACGGCCCCACACCUGCCCGCUGUGUCCGAAGUCCUAUUCGCAGUAUUCAAAUUUGAAGAAACAUUUGCUGAGCCAUCAGAAGCAAGCGAUUAAGCAGGAGCAACAAAAUGGCCAGGUGAUGGCCAUUCUCUACAGCUGUCAGACAUGCAAGAUGCAGUUUGAAGAUAUCAUCGAAUUCGAGCGCCACACCAGACACUGUGGCAUUAACAGCGUACAGCAGCACAGUGUCAAGUUGGAAAAUAUUAAGAGCGAGGUAGAUAUCGACGGUAGCUCGAAUUCGGGUAUGCAGCAACAUAUUUCCACCACUAAUGGCGGUGCAGCAAAUGGGGGAAACGGUAUCAGUGUUAGUCAAUCGCAGCCACCAACACCGAUGCAUCUACCGUCGGCCAUCCUUACCUCAGUCAUCUCUUCGUCGGUUGGUUCUAACGUAACCGCGCACAACCUAGCGCCCACGGCCCAUUCUCAUCACGGACAUGUGACGAACGGUGGUGGAUUACUAUCCGGUAUUCCGACUGGUCAUCCACACGCCCAACAACAACACUCGCCACCAAGCCAACACAACCUUCCGAUCCACCUGCAGCAGCAACUAUCGCACCAUCUGAUCAGUUCACACCUGCCCCACCCGCAGGAACACGGCACGUCCGGUGACCUUCACCAUCAGGUGAACUUCCACCAUCCACACAUCUCGCACCUGCCGAACAUAUCGCACAAGAUUCUUUCGCCGCUGUUCCACAUUCCGCCGUUCAACAACAACCACAGCACAUAA